CUGCGCGCUAACAACUUCCUGUACUUUCGUCGAGGUGACUUUACCUCACCGAAACAAGCAGGACCAAAUGUUAUCACAGUAAUUUAUCGUGAAGUAGGUUCAUUUGAAGAUCACCAAUCAUGGCAUUUCGUUACCAGAAAUUAAUUCUGAAUUUUCGACCAGGAUGCAGCAGAUUCAGGUUGUUGUUAGACACCGGUAAAGCGCAAUCCGCAGUCGGCGCUGGUGCAGUUCAAGUUGCAAACUUGACGUCUUCUCAAAGUCAUGGAAACGAAAUUCAGCGAGCGAAGCCGUGGCCAUACGAAACCAGGCGUUAUAAUCAGUACUGGCAGUUUAUUGAUCAUACCAGAAAGCGAUUUAAUGACAAUUCGAAGGUGAUCGUUGUUGAUGGAAAUGUCGCCACUGGCAAGUCGGAGUUCGCAGAAAAACUUGCAACUGAAUUCGACAUGAAAUAUUUCCCAGAUCCCCUCGACAGCAUGAUAUAUUUGUCCGAUUCUGGGAUAGAUUACCGAGACCUGAACGAGCGGCUGCCACCCGGGGCCCGGAGUCUGGACAUAGCAACCUUCCACAUGCAGGACGUGCACCCAAUUACAUUGAAAACUAUUGGCAGAACCCAGCUGGCUAUCUACAGACAUCGAUUUCUCAACUAUGUCAAUGCACUUGAGCACUUGCUCAACACUGGACAAGGCGUGGUGAUCGAGAGGGGACCGUGGAGUGACCUUGUGUUCGCAGACACGUUGAGGAAACUUGGCUACAUGACAGGAAAUGGUUACAGAUACUACCAGCAGUGGCGAGACAACACAAUAUGUGAGUUGUGGAAACCUCAUCUGGUGCUCUACCUGGACGCUCCAGUUAGCGAUGUCCGACAACGCAUCAACACACGCGGGCGGCCAUCAGAGGUGAAAGGGAAGGUCGUGACGGAUAAGUACCUGCAGACUGUUGAGGACGCCUACAAGAAGAUGGUCCUCCCUAACUACAGCAAGUAUUCCAUGGUCCUGAAAUACGAUGUCGCAGACCUGCCUGACUGGGAGAUCAUUGUGGAGGAACUUGAGAGCCUUGACCUUGACACACAAACUCUUGAGAAUGAAGAACGGUUUCAAGAUUGGAUGAAGACACGAGAGGAUGAUUGGAACCAUUACCGAUGCCUGAUGUCCUCCAAGUGGCAGAUCGAGAACCUGUUCCAGAUCCCCGCACCAUGGGAUGCGCCCGAGAUGAUGGUCAGCGGCGAAGACCUGAAGGAGUUCAUCCUGCUGGUUGAUAGUAUUCCUGAUUUGAAAUUUGCUGCAGGAUACAACCCAGAGAAAGCAAACGUACUAUUGAAGUUCUGAUCACUAUAUUUAUAGCUGUUUAUUCAUGUAUAUUGAGAACAGUGCUCCUCUUUAAGUCAUGGUUAUUAGCACAACACUGAAACAUGUUGGCUUUCUGGCAAAGAAGUGAAGAACUUUUGAAAAUGAAGAUGAUUGUGUCUGUGGAGUCUGAAGAUCUACUCACGUGUAGUCUGAAGAAGCAAACAGAUUGGGAAUCAUUAAGGAUGAGGUUCAGAUUGUUGUUUUGUUGUCAAGCUAAUCCUGACAUUAUCAUAGUGCUGUGUGCUGAAAGGUGGAAUUAAAGUAUUUGAGAAGUUA